UUAAACCGUGUAAUAUUGUUGGCGAUACGAUGUGGUAUGCGGCUGUGGUGCGUUUCAUCAGACGACGCCUGGUUUUGGGUAUAAUAUUUGCGUCUUCCCUGACUUACUGUAUUGUCAGUUUUUUAAGAGAGGGCAGUCACCAUCCAAUGAUGUACCAAGACAUAUCUAUAGAGAGAAAGCCGUUUGUAUGGAGAACCUUGCAAGAGCACAAUGAUACAGAAAGCAUCAUUUGUAGAAACUCUGUACAGGGAAAGAUAUUAAUUGUUGAUGAUAGAGGAUAUGUUUGUCAGCGCCCAAACCUAAUGAAAAAUGGAUGUUGUGACCCUGAUGCGGACUUCACAAAGAAAUACAGUUGUGAAACUUGCAUGAACAACAACUGUUGUGUUAUUUAUGAGUAUUGUGUAUCAUGUUGCUUGGAUCCCAGCAAGAGAGAUAUGUUAGAACUCAUACUGUCAAAACUAUCAGCAGAAGAAAACGUACUAUUCCGAUCUCUCAGUGACGACUAUGAAUUAUGUCUAACAAAAUGCCGUACCAGCUCCCACAGUGUUCUACACGAGAACUCUUACAAGGACCCUGCUUACAAACAUUGUUUUGGACAUGAACCGCCUAACUCAAGAACACCAGACUAGCGAUGUGCAGAAUCUUGGUAUAUUGUUAUUAUUGUACUCACAUUUACUACAGUUAUGUGUAACAAAUAAGCAAACAACCGUACAGCACCCAAAGAGAAUGUGUGUUUGGUAUAGAAUGACAUUUGCAUCUGCAAUGGAGCCUGAUACAAAUGUCACUCCAAGUUCUUUAUUCAUAAGCGCUGUACUCAAUAGAGUAUAGAUAAGCCAUAAAUAUAUUAUGGCUUAUUCUUAAUUCUCAUCCACAUUUAAGGGCACAUUCUACUUGACUUGGAUUGUAAUAAAUAAGUAUUUAUGUGCCUAUUCAUUACAUGGCAAAACAAGUUGCUGUGAGGAUAUGUGCCUUUGAACGUGCACUGACGCACCAAGCUGUUGGUUCGCUUGUUCCAUGAAUUACAGGAUGUAGUAGCGGAACAGAUUUCAUGUGUUUCUUGUAGUUUGUAUUUUAUUUGCAUGAUGCCUUUUUCUAGAAUGAUACAAUGGAUACAGGAGAGAAUGUGUACCAUUCUCAUCCGAAUGUUCACUUGCAACUUGUGUUGUUUAAGCCUUUAAAAAAAGAUCAAGUAAUAUACUCCUUUGUGACUUUUCUACCUGUAGUGGCGCUAUUGUUUGUCAUGGAAUAAUAUUUUUAGAUUAUUAUUUUAUUCAUUUUUUUACUCCAUGUACACCAAUUGACGUCAUCUAUAUAACACCUAUCUCGUAAAAUAAUAGCAAAUUACAAUCAAGUCAAUAAAUUAUUUUAUUGGGAAAAUGCAUAACACUUAAUAAAUUCAAUAUGCAAUGUAAAUAAGUUUUAUCAAAUUGACUUCUAAAGGUAACAGAUAACAAUGGCUAUUAAGGUUUAAGUAUAAUAUAUUAUAACAUAUUGACUUCGUGAUACAUUUUCUAAGU